GAAUUGAAGUUGGGAAUCUUGGGUUCAACAUAUACCAUUUGUGUGAACCCAAACAAUUUAUUUAAUCUCUUUGUACUUCAGUUUUCCCAUCUACAAAAAUAGGAAUGAUUAUAACAUUAUCUAUCAAUGUUUUGUGAACCUAAACACCAAAUAAGUUUGUUUUUGUGAUCAAUGUCCAUUUUACUUGUAAUAAAACAACCUGGAUUCCGAGAGUGUGAAAAAAAAUGUUCCAGACCCAUUAAUCUGAAAUGGUUAGUUGAGCCUUCAAAUCUUAUGACCCAAAUCAAAGUCUUUUAGAGCUCAUAAUAAAUGUACUCCCACAGAAUUAUUUGGCCUAACUUUGUUGGCACAAUUUGUAUUUUCAUAAACAGGAUUAGCCUUAAGCAAAAUUAUGAAAGUAGGCAAAUAGUUUCUUUGGGGCUCCUAGCUUCCUCUUUCUGCACCACCAGUGUCCCAAGACAUUCAUUUCUGUGACAUCUUUUCCCACUUAAAGAGGUCCACCUCCAGCAUGGGCACCUUUCUGCUGCCAAAAUCUGCUCUCCAGAAAGGAUCUGAUAAGAAUACAGGUGUGAUUAUGUGGGCAUCAGACUUCGGGAAAAUGAAUUUGACCCAAAGGGAAGAAGACAACUCACCUAUCUAGAUGAAAUGGCCCAUUAUGAUUUGACCAUCAGUGUUGCUUUACAAUGGCUUGGUUACAAAGAAGACCAAAUACAUUUGGAUUGGGAGAAAGUGAAGGUACCAUUCCGUUGCAGGCAUGUAUUUCCUAACCGCCUUGAACGAGAAGCUAUUAUAUUAUCAUUUUAUGCUGGGAUUCUGAUGAACAGUCUCCCAGUUGAAGAAAUCUUUGAAAUUUAUGAUAAUCGCUCCUCUGUAAAGAACUGGCCUGGUGCUAAAAAGGUUCCUAGAGCUCAAAAUAUUCAUCUUUCAUCACAUCCUUUUGCCAUGCUAACAGCUUCCAAGGCAGUAGAAUAUGCUCAGAAACAAAGUAUCAAGUUACAAAGGCGAAUAGCCCAUAGAUAUGCUAUCAAUAGCUCAAUAACAACAAAGGCAAUGGAGCCAAAAUCAGCAAAAAACUCAGAAAAACAGCCAAAAAUAAAAGUCUCUAAGGAAGUUGAAACUUGGAAUCAAGGCAAUGAGAGAAUUGACAACCCAAGACACAAUCAAAAAGCACCAUAUGAGAAGACAAAACCUUGUGCUCACCUCUUCCCAUAAAUACCAGCUCCAAGUAACACUGACCCUGUCCCUUUGCUGUACUCUUGUAUUUUCUGCUGUUUUGUUGGUUUUUAGAAAAGUGUUCUUCUUCUGACUCAGGUUAUUCAAAUAGGUGUGAAUCUGGUCCUGAUGAGUGUUUUCCCAAGAACUGUUAGCAAGACAUAGACCUAGUUUGCUCUAUGCAGAUAUUCUGGGGCUAGGAAGUACAUUUGAAUAGCUUUCCUUCUAAUUACUUGCUGGUUUUACUUCUGUCCCUUUGCUUUGUGUUUCAGUACAUUUCAAUUCCUUGGCACAUUCUUCAAAUGCUAACCUCUGAAUGUUAAGAUACUUAAUUUUCCUAAGUAAAAUUUACAACUUCAAAAGGAAGAGAACAAACCCUUUAUUGCUUUUAGUGUGUUUUAAUGUAGAUAUAUUUACUUAAUGAGUGUUUAUAAUAAAGUACAUAUCCAACAUAUUUGAGUGUUGGGUUUUUUCAAGAACAUUUUAUAAGGGAAAAGUUCUAGUAUUAAGAAAAGAACAAUUUUAGGUUUGUUCAGAAAGCAAAUGAGAACAGAUAUGUAGCUGGUAUACCAAACUAGCCAAAUGGCCAAAGAAUCAACUUGCAAAGAUGUAUCCUUGGGAUCUGUGCUUACCCCUAUGCUGAUUAUCAUUUUUUUGUCAGUGACUUGGAAUGAGACAUGGAUGUCAUGAAGCAAAACUGAGAAAGAUGACUCAUGAACUGAUAAUAGAAUCAAAGAUAAAAAUGUCUUAUUUUCAAAGGAUAUCUCAUUUUGUUAUUUUUAAGCUAAGCAAUGGAGAAGUCGGUUAUCUAAAUUCUAUGCUUCUCAGUUUUGCCUAGGACUCAUACAUCAUGUCAUAUCUAUAGAGUGAAUUCUGGUUUAAUUGAUGAAGGGAGUCCUUCCAUCAAGUAGUUCCCCAGUAUUAAAAUAACUUUUUACCCCUACAAAUUUAAUUAUAUUCUUUAAA